AUGCAUUUCGCACGUGAAGCUCUGAGCAAUCCAAAAGCUGUUGGAAUUCUUUUCAAGAUGACCAUCGGUCCAACUGCAUCAUCGGCACCAUUUGCCAAAAUCCCCAGCCAAGAAAGCUGCUUCGGUGAGUCGGAGAAAGAGGUGCUAUUCUCUAUGCACACCGUUUUCCGACUCGGAGGCAUCGAGAAGAUGGAAGAUGGACUUUGGCAAGUAAACCUCACUCUGGUUGAUAAUGCAGCCGAUCCAAAAUUGCAACAACUUACUGCAUACAUGCGCCAGCAGGUGACUGGUAGCACAGGCUGGCAUCAACUCGCAAAAGUCCUCUUGAAAACUGGAAAUUACCGUGAUGCCGAAGAAAUCUAUCAAACUCUGAUUGAACAAGCGAAAUCAAACAACGCUGAGAAAGAUCUUCCCCAUUUAUACAGCCAACUGGCAUGCUUGAAAAACAGAAAGGGACCGUACCACGAGGCACUCGAAUUGUAUCAAAAAUCACUUGACAUCAGACGUAAAUCUCUGCCUGAGAAUCAUCCUGAAUUGGCUACCACAUACAACAACAUUAGAUUAUUGCAUGACAAGAUGGGAGAGUACUCCAAAGCGCUCGAUUUCUAUCAAAAAGAUCUGGAUAUCAGUCUCAAAUUUUUGUCUCCGACUCAUCCCGAUUUAGCUGCUAUUUAUAGUAACAUCGGUUCAGUACAUGAUAAGAUUGGAAAAUACUCCAAAGCACUCGAGUUCCAUGAGAAGUGUUUCAAAGUCAGUCUAAAAUCACUGUCUCCGACACAUCCGAAUGUAGCUGGUUUUCACAGCAACAUCGGAAUGGUUUUCGAAAACAUUGGAGAAUUCAGCAAGGCACAUCAGUCGUACACCAAAUCGCUGGAAAUCUACAGGGGUUCUCUGUUUGAAAACCAUCCAACCCUCGCCUAUACGUACAAUAGAGUUGGUGAACUUCACGAAAGUAUGGAAGAACCCGAAAAAGCGUUGGAAUACUAUGACAAAGGUUUAAAGAUACAAGAGAAGUGUUUAUCAUUCAGCCAUCCAAAUCUAGCAACAACCAUAUACAAUAUGGGCUCAAUCAAGACAACUGAAGGCGAAUGCCAAAAGGCGUUGGAUCUCCAUAACCGAGGACUGAAAAUUCGAGAAAAAUCCUUUCUUGCGAAUCAUCCGGAUAUUGCUCGCAGCUAUCAUGCUAUGGCUUCAGUGCAAGAAAAGAUGGGCGAGCACUCGAAAGCACUGUCGUGUGCGGAACAAGCUAUUCAAAUCAGUGAAAAUUCGUUGGGUGACGAACAUCCACACGUUCAAUUGUAUCGAAAUACUCUGAAUCGAUUGUGA